AGUGGAUGGCGCCAUCCUCACAACGUGCGCGGUGUGUUUAGAGGCGACUGCGAACUGUUUUGAUCUCACCCGGCAUUGACAUAUUUGCGGAAGAUCAUGUAUAAAGUGUGGAUUUCAAGGGUUUCAUAGAACAACAGGCCGAGAAGAAGCUCUGAAGACGUUCAUUAUUAUGCUGCUACAGUUAUGAAUGCGUAAUGCAGAUCUAUUCACAUGCACGUGGACAUGUAUUGUUCCAGAUCUGUCCACUAGUGCUGUUGUGUUGACCUGCUCUUGAAGGUUGAUCAUACUUGGGAAUAAUGCACAAUAUGUUGAUUUCAAGGCAGCGUAGACAUUGACAUCUAUUUCAUGUUUACAGUAUAACUAUCUUCAGUUUUUGGAAUGUGUUUUAAAAGCACAAAUCGAGAAUGUACUGACUGUUCGUGUUCAUUGUCAGCCUUUUCCCUGAAAGUACUUCUAGAUUGAUAUAUCAGCCAGGUUGGUUAAUAUUUUGAUUACUCUUUGAUAAGCACUGGCGGAUAACCAUGCCCGUUGGGUCACUGAACGGUAAUGGUAGUUCCUCUUAUGUCAAUUUCAAAGCAUAAAACAUUCUGUUUGUAAGUUUUUUGUAAUGAGUUGUAGAGGGUUUGCGCUUAUGUCAUGGUUUGGUCAGUUAGCCGGAUGCGCGGCCAUGUUGGAGAUACUCGAAUGUAAACAACAGCAAGGAGUGCAUGGUUAAUGUGCUACUGAAUACAUUGUUCUGCUAAUUUAUGUUGUCUGAACCAUGGAAAAAAACAUGUGGAAGCUGCUAAAUCAUAUAGAAAAGGACUUUGUAAGCAGAAAAGGGUGCAUUAUCUUGACAAACUUUAAUAGGUGGUAAAGAUACAUACAAGCAGUAUUAAUUAAGAUUUUAGCCUAAUAUUUUACCUACCUGACCAGAAAUGAUAAGAACAAACAUGAAUGUUGUCAGGAUUCUUGCUAUGGAAAUCCUGGUUCAGUUUGGCCAACCAUAGUCUCGCGUAGCCAGACCUUCUUACUGACGGCUGAAGGUCUGGAAUUCAUAGCAGCUUUCUUUGGCUAAGGCCCGCCCAUAAGGCCGUUUGAUCGACAUGUCAAACAACCAAUCACAGUUCGUUUCGUUCAGCCUCACGUUUCGGGGCGUGGAAAUGUCCCCACAACAACAGACCGGCGUGCAACAAGUCAGUCAGCAUAGAAAAUCAAAGAAGGAGAAGAAAACAAGCACUUUACCUAAUGGACAUCCAGAGCGCCAGCUCAGUGGUGCUGCAGGCUUUGACCCAGGCCACCAGUCAGGACACAGCUGUGUUGAAGCCUGCAGAGGAGCAGCUUCGCCAAUGGGAGACCCAGCCUGGCUUCUACUCAGUGCUGCUGAGCAUCUUCAAUAAUCACUUGCUGGAUGUCAAUGUGAGAUGGCUAGCUGUCCUUUAUUUCAAGAAUGGUAUUGAUCGCUACUGGAGAAGAGUUGCACCCCAUGCUCUCUCAGAAGAAGAGAAGUCAUCUCUCCGUGCAGGUCUCAUCACUAAUUUUAACGAGCCGAUCAACCAGAUCGCCACACAGAUAGCAGUGCUCAUCGCUAAAGUGGCACGUCUGGAUUGUCCUCGGCAGUGGCCCGAGCUGAUCCCUAUCCUGCUGGAGUCUGUGAAAGUUCAGGACAGUCUUCAGCAGCACAGAGCCCUGCUCACCUUCUACCACGUCACCAAGACUCUGGCCUCCAAACGCCUCGCCACUGAUAGGAGACUCUUUCAGGAUCUGGCAUCAAGCAUCUAUAGUUUCGCCUGCUCUCUGUGGAAUCAUCACACGGACACAUUCCUACAGCAGAUCUACACUGGAGACCAACAGGCUGCUCUUAGCUCCCUGGAGCGUACUCUGCUCUCUUUGAAAGUUCUUCGGAAGCUCACUGUCCAUGGAUUCAUUGAGCCACAUAACAACAUGGAAGUCAUGGGCUUCCUCAAUGCAGUCUUUGAGCGGCUAAAGCAGUUUCUAGAAUGCUGCCGGCAAGUUGGACCAGGCAGUCUUUGCAGGGAGAAGCUUGAGAAGACCAUCAUUUUAUUCACCAAAGUUUUGCUGGACUUCCUGGAAUAUCACCCGUGGCCUUUCAUCCCUCUCAUUCAGCGCUCGCUGGAGUUCGCGGUCAGCUACGUGUUCACCGAGGCUGGCGAGGGAGUUGUUUUCGAGCGUUUUAUUGUACAGUGCAUGAACCUCAUCAAGAUGAUCGUCAAAAACGAUGCCUACAAACCUGCCAAGAACAUUGAAGAUAGUAAGCCAGAGAGCCUGGAGGCACAUAAAAUUAAGACUGCAUUCUUUACACACCAAACGCUGACGGAGAUUGGCAGGAGACUGGUCUCCAAAUACUUUCUGCUGACAGAAGAAGAGCUGACCAUGUGGGAAGAAGAUCCAGAGAGUUUUGCUGUGGAAGAGACAGGCGGUGACUCCUGGAAGUAUAGUUUGCGGCCGUGCACAGAAGUGCUUUUCUUGGACAUUUUCCACAACUACAGUCAAACCUUGACACCGGUGCUUCUAGAGAUGGUGCAGAAUCUUCAAGGCCCCAGUAAUGUGGAGGACCCAGUGCAGAUGCUCAUGAAGGAUGCAGUUUACAACGCUGUGGGUUUAGCUGCUUAUGAAUUGUUUGACAAUGUGGACUUUGAUCAGUGGUUCAAAAACCAACUCCUUGGGGAGCUACAAGUCAGCCAUAACAGGUACAAGUUGAUCAGAAGGCGGGUGAUCUGGCUGAUUGGACAAUGGAUCUCUGUGAAGUUCAAGCCAGAGCUGAGGCCCCUGCUUUAUGAGGUCAUCCUCAGUCUCAUGCAGGACCCUGACCUUGUGGUUCGCAUCGAAACAGCCACAACUCUAAAGCUGGCCGUGGAUGACUUCGAGUUCAGAACCGAGCAGUUCUUACCGUACUUGGAGUCCAUAUUCGGCCUGUUGUUCCAGCUGUUGCAACAGGUCAACGAAUGCGACACCAAAAUGCAAGUUCUCCACGUUAUUUCCUGCGUCAUCGAAAGAGUCAGCAUCCAGAUUCGACCCUACGUGGGCUGUUUGGUUCAGUACCUUCCUCUUCUUUGGAAGCAGUCAGAAGAACACAACAUGCUCCGCUGUGCCAUUCUCACUACCCUCAUCCAUCUCGUACAGGGCCUGGGAGCGGAAAGCAAGAAUCUAUAUCCCUUCCUUCUACCCGUUAUCCAGCUCAGCACAGAUGUUUCUCAGCCCCCUCAUGUUUACCUGCUGGAAGACGGUCUAGAGCUGUGGUUGGUGACUUUAGAGAACAGCCCGGCCAUCACCCCUGAGCUUCUGAGGAUCUUCCAGAAUAUGUCCGCCCUACUUGAACUGAGCUCGGAGAACGUGCGCACGUGCUUUCAGAUCAUCAAUGCCUACAUUUAUCUCUCGGCUACAGAUUUCUUACAGAACUAUGCUGAAGCCCUUUGCAGAUCUUUCUGUGAACUGCUGAGAGACAUCACCACGGAAGGCCAAGUCCAGGUUCUGAAGGUUGUUGAAAUUGCCAUAAAAGUAAGUCCUCUAUUGGGCUCGCAUAUGUUUCAACCUCUUCUGCCAUCUGUGAUACGGGGGAUAGUUGAAGGCGAAAGGUAUCCUGUGGUUAUGUCGACAUACCUGGGCGUGACGGGUCGGAUUCUCCUGCAGAAUUCAGGCUUUUUCACAUCACUUCUCACUCAAAUGGCUGCGGAAUAUAACCAGGAGGCAGACCAGCUCUUGGGGAGUAUGAUUGAGAUGUGGGUGGACCGCAUGGACAACAUCACCCAGCCUGAGAGGAGAAAGCUCUCUGCCCUGGCGCUCAUGUCGCUUUUACCGUCUGACAACAGCGUGAUCCAGGACAAGUUCUGUGGGAUCAUUAACAUCAGCGUGGAGGCUCUGCACGAUGUUAUGACGGAAGACCCUGAGACGUCUACCUUCAAGGACUGCAUGCUGAUGAGCCACUUUGAAGAGCCAAAGCUGACAGAUGACGAGGAACCCCCAACAGAACAGGACAAGAGAAGGAAACUGCUGGCUCUCGAGGAUCCUGUGCACAGCGUCUCUCUUCAGCAGUUUGUCUAUGAGAAGCUGAAGGCUCAGCAGAUGUUGAUGGGGGACCAGGGCUUUCAGGCUCUCAUGGAGACGGUGGACACGGAGAUCGUGCGACAGCUGCAAGAGUUCAUCCAUGGCAUGUGAGGAAGAGAUGACAGCAGACUGUUAAAACCAGUCCUCCGAGACCCAAGAUGUCAACAUUUUAACGAUAACCCAGAGAAAAGAUCUUCCAUAUUUUUUAAACACACAUUUUUGUUUGCUUCCUCAAACACACCUUUUUCAAAGUUUGAGAUGGGGCAGAGAGGAAAUCUACUUAGACUGAAAAAACAAGAGACGCUGUAAGAAAGAAUAUUAUGAUGCCAAGUUUUUGUAAUGGGGAAAAGUUUUGAAAGCGCCAUUUAAAGGGCCCAAGCAGUGUUUACACUGAGUCUUCAUAUAAAAAGUUGUAAUUUUUGUAUUUAUGUAAAAUACACUGCAUGACAUUACGCUUUUUUUUUUUCCCCUCUCGGGUGGCUUUUCCCAACCAAGUUUGCUCCUAGAUCAGUAUAUCAGGAACUACUGAAAAGUCAUUAACAUUUUGAUUGAAAGUAUUUUCAUAUCAGAUACAAAUAAUGAAAAAUGAAUGGAUGUAAAUGUUUACCUUCCCAUAACUAUUGCUGCUAAAGCUCCAACAUUGUACCUCUCACAUGAGGUUCACAGGAGGUCAUAAGAACCAAAUACAUCACAUUAAUAAAAAAAGAAGUCUAUUUUAAUCACAAGUACAAUGCAAAUGUAUGAGUGAAUAUUCUUACUGCCGUAGCAAGCUUUUCUUUUUUCUUUUUUUAAGUACACGCAAUAAGUGCGUUUACAUUUCUAGAAAUGUUUUUGGUUGAUAAUGGGAUGUUUAAAAACACAGUCAUACAGUAGAACGACUGUCACUGUGAAAUUAAUUUUGAGUCUGAAUAAAAGCCUUAUGCUUUAAGCCUUAUUUAUCCACCACUAACACACAUAUUGUAUCUCACAUCUGUAAUAACAUGCAUAUGUUACAUUACAGCACACUUCGCUCCGUAGAUUUAUUUUCACGUAUGAACCCUAUUUUUUCAUUGAUGCAGCUUCAAUAAAGUUCAGUACAGUCUGAAAAUCA